AUGAAGAUGAUCCUCCUGCGCAAAUUUCGGGUUCUGAUCCUCAUGGUGUUCCUCAUUGCGUGCUCCAUGCACAUAAUGAUAGACUUGUUACCCAAGCUGGAGCGCCACGGCAACAGCGGCUGCUCCUGCUCGCACACGCCGAGCGAGGAGCCCCAGAGCUGGGGGAAGCAGGGCUGGCCUAACAAGCACACCCUGCGGAUCCUCCAGGACUUCAGCAACGAGCCCAGCUCCAACGUUUCCUCCCACUCCCUGGAAAGGAUCCCGGCUACAGGGGACAAGACGCAGGCGCUCAAGAGGCUGGAGCAUCCCGGGCAGCAGCUGCGUGGUGACAGGAAGAGACAGUUCAUGCAGGACGCAGCGGUGACCAAGAACCUGCCGGUGAAAGGUUCAAGGUUGUCUGCUCUGUAUGAGCACCCCUUAUAUAGAAGAGCUCUGCCCACUUUGACGGAUGAGGACACGCUGUUUAACGUCAACACGGACAUCAGAUUUGACCCCAAAGCUGCAGAGGAUCAGGCAUGGACUGGUGAAGGCACCAUGGAAGAGUUCAGCCCAACAGGGGAGCUCACAGCUGAUUCCUACCCCAACUGGCUGCGCUUCCACAUUGGGAUUAAUCGAUACGAGCUCUACUCCAGACACAACCCGGUCAUCGACGCUCUCCUCAAGGACCUGAUCACCCAGCGGAUCACCAGCGUGGCAAUGAAGUCUGGAGGCACUCAGCUGAAGCUCAUCAUGACCUUCCAGAACUACGGCCAGGCGCUGUUCAAACCCAUGAAGCAGACCCGGGAGCAGGAAACCCCUCCAGACUUCUUCUACUUCUCUGACUUUGAGAGACACAACGCUGAGAUUGCAGCCUUUCAUCUGGACAAGAUCCUGGACUUCCGUCGUGUCCCUCCUGUGGCCGGCAGGCUGGUCAACAUGACAAAGGAGAUCCGAGAUGUUACACGAGACAAAAAGCUCUGGAGGACCUUCUUCAUUUCACCAGCCAACAACGUGUGUUUCUACGGAGAGUGUUCGUACUACUGCUCCACUGAGCACGCUCUGUGUGGUAAACCAGACCAGAUAGAAGGAUCGCUGGCCGCCUUCCUCCCAGACCUGGCACUCGCCAAACGCAAGACCUGGAGGAACCCGUGGAGGCGCUCCUACCACAAACGCAAGAAGGCAGAAUGGGAGGUGGACCCUGAUUACUGCGAGGAGGUCAAACAGACUCCACCUUAUGACAGCGGAACACGGCUGCUGGACAUCAUGGACAUGACCAUCUUUGACUUCCUCAUGGGAAACAUGGAUCGUCACCAUUAUGAAACAUUCGAAAAGUUUGGAAACGAGACCUUCAUCAUCCAUCUGGACAAUGGCAGAGGCUUUGGAAAACACUCCCAUGAUGAGAUGUCUAUUCUGGUACCACUGACCCAGUGCUGCAGGGUAAGGAAGUCGACCCACUUGCGUCUGCAGCUGCUGGCUAAGGAGGAAUACAAGCUGUCCAUGCUCAUGGCGGAAUCCCUGGUGAGGGACCGCCUCAGUCCCAUCCUCAUCCAGCCACACCUGGACGCCAUGGACCGACGACUACGCCAUGUGCUAAAUGUGCUGUCAGAAUGCGUUGAAAAGGAGGGCUACAGCUACGUGGUGGAGAACGACUUCCGGGACCACGGGUCGGACCACGCCCACAACGGCCCAAGACGGAGGUAGCUGGCUGGGGAAGCUGGCAGCUGGACUCCCCUGGACAAAGGAGACUGGGCUGAGCUAAUCCAGUCUCUCUCUUAAACUGAACUGGCAUCCCGUAACACAGAUGAGCUCCAUCUGUGCUGAAUUUCUCAGAGGGCUUGAUUUUUUGCUGAACUUACAGGGAAGCCCACCUGCUCGAGGCAACAUAAGCUGUGUCGGAGGUGGAAGCCUGCUGGAUAGGACAAACGGUGCAAAGACUUUAGCCGUACCGACGCUCGAGACGCAGGUGAUGUUGAAGCCUCCUGGGGCUGAUGAACGGAACACGUCACCUUAGGCUCCUUAAAGUAUCCAACCCUGACAGUAGUAUAGGAUAGCAUCGCCACAGCUGACCCAAACACCCACCGCAGCAACCAAACCAUUCAAAGUCUUGCAAGAGACGCCUUCUCUCUGUCGGGUUCAGGACCCUUUUGUUGAAUUCAGUGAAUUCGGAGGGACUUGUAAAGAAUCUCGCCCCUCUUCACAAAGCUGAAUUAUGUGUUUCUACUUACUGUUGCAGGUGUUUUCGGUUGAACAUUCACAGUUGAGGAGGAGGUGGACUUCCUGUUAUCAAAAUUAUGUUUUACUGAUUUGCUGCAAAAUGUUUUGUUAAAUAGUGUUUUUUUUUUUUUUUUUUUUUUUUUUUAAACUUUAUUUCUGCUGAGCUGUUUCAGUGUCUCAUCAUCCAAGAUGGAAAUAUUUGAUUGGAGUGCGGGUUUACUCCUGGAUUUGUCCAUUAAUUUUGCCCAUAAAUGUUAAAUGUCCUUGAGAGAGUAUUUAUUAAAAUUCAUAUUUAUUGUUUGAAAUGAAUGCUAAUCCGUAACACACAACAUAUUUUUUUUUCUGUUGAAGUGAGCAGUUGAAUUUACAUCACAGCGGUGCACUUCUUCAUUUGUCCAAAAGAGGGCAAACUGAGCAUGUGCAAACCCUCCUGCCAGGACAGUGCCAUUCAGUAACUCACCCCAUUACGAGCAUCAAACCUGCUUUAAAAUUGGUUUAUAGCCAUCAUGAAUCUGCACCUGUGUUUACAGCAUUCCAUCAUUUCUUCCAACUACUGUUUUCCUUUCAGUGCAACGGUUAUGAGGUUAGAUUUAUGGUACCAAAAGCCAAAUGUGACCCUAAUAGUUUUAUAUUAUUGUUUCUUUGUAAUAUAUUUGAUGUCCAGAUGUCGCUGUUGUGGAGAGAUUAUUUUUCAGGAUGUAUAUUUCAUUCAUUACCAACAGCUGAUAGCUUAACUGUUGGUGUCGAUGAUUCAGUCACUGGCUGAAAGUUAAUAUAUACAGUAGGAAAAUCUAGUGCCUGUGCAAUGAUAGAAAUACUUGAAUGUCUGGUUUCAUAGCGGAAAGGAUUAAAUUCCUCCCAGGUACGAGCUGUAGGUAAGAUAUGGAGGUCUACAUAUGUGUAUGUGCUGACGUCAUCUGUUCCAUAAGGGUUUUAUUACACAGUCUAAGUUCCCAUAGUCCUGUGUCAGGGCAGUACAGUGUGUAUGGAUGUGUGGGUGGAUCCAUGGAGAACCUUAGAUGGUGUUCUUGAAGUGAAAAUGCUUCUUCUUUUUUUAUUUUAUUCAACUCACUGUUUCUGUGGAUUUUUAUUUUUAAAUUCUUUGCAUCAUGGUAAAAGUGCAAUAAAACAAAAUGAGCAUA